AUGGACAGAGAUGCAUUCAAAAAAGUUUGUAAAGGUCAAUGGAGAAACCAAGAUGAACAUGGAUAUGUAUUUUUAAAUACUAAAAAACCCGCGGAAAUGAGUAACGAUUGGAAUAAUAUUUUAAAAAGAAAUAAAGAAUAUAUCCAAGCUAAGAAUAAAGUAAAGACCCAAGUUGAAAUUAUCAGAUUACAACAACUCGGAUUAACGGAAAAUCUACAAACUCAACCCAUAUUAAAAUCUCAAGAGGAUAUUAAAAAGAGACUCAUCCCUCCUAAAGAACCCAUUCGUCCUGUAGAACCUCAUCACCCAGAACCGAAUCCAUAUGGUGUUGAAACAUAUUUAAAUAAAGUUAUUCCUGAUGAAGAGGAAUCAGAUGAUUAUGCAGAAGAUUAUCCACCAAUCAUACAAGAAAUAGACGAUUUAGAUGAUAUGGUGGCAUCUGGACAAGGUAUAACGUUUUUAUUCGACAACAACGAUGAACUGCUUAAUAGAUUACGAGUAAUAUUAGCGGCAAUGAAGGAAGGACAUCGAUCGCACAGACAAUAUAAUGAAGUGAAUUGUAUACUAAAAAGACUCCUAGGAAAAGGUAUCAUAGAUAAAAAUGAUUAUAAAAGCGUGAUUGAAAAUGUCAAAUAA